CUCUCAACGAACGCAGCUCUCCAUCCUGGCUCCUGCUUGUCGUUGCAUUAAUCCAUUUCGUUCAUCAGUCAUGGCCCUCCGUCGCGAGCGGACGCGUCACCGGUCGUCUCCCAUGACGCAGCCGUCAGCAGGCCUGCUGCUGGAGAAGAAGAAGGGCCAGCACUUGCUCAAGAACCCAGGCAUACUCGACAAGAUCAUCCAGGCGGGGGACAUCAAGUCAUCCGACAUCGUCAUGGAGAUCGGUCCAGGCACGGGCAACCUGACUGUGCGGCUGCUGCCGCUGGCCAAGAGGGUGGUGGCUAUCGAGGUGGACCCCAGAAUGGUCGCUGAGGUCAAGAAGAGAGCCAGCGGCCUCGGAUACAGCAACCUCGAGGCCAAAGAAGGUCAGUCAUGGCAUGGCAUGUGAGUCAGUCAGUCGCCUGUGAGUGAGAGAGAAAGGGAGCUGAUUUGUGGUGCCUCGCUCGCUUUACUCGCGCGUGUGUGUGGUUGGCUGGCUGGUGUGUGUUGUUCAGGCGAUGCUUUGCGGACGGAUUUCGGGCGGUUCGAUGUGUGUAUGGCCAACCUGCCGUACCAGAUCUCGUCGCCCUUCAUCUUUCGCCUCCUCGCCCACCGGCCGCUGUUCCGCUCGGCCGUGCUGCUCUGCCAGAGGGAGUUCGCUGAGCGACUCGUGGCUGAAGUGGGAUCGGAGUUCUACUCAAGGCUGGCCAUCAACACACAGUGAGCGUCGGGAGCAACAAGUGCUCUGCCGUGGGAAAGGAGGCCUGCUUGUUUGUUUGUCUGUUUCUGACCCUCCCCACCCUGUCUGUCAGAUUGUUUUGCAAGGUGUAUCGCGUGUGCAAGGUGUCGGCAGGCAGCUUCACGCCUCCUCCCCAGGUAGAGUCGAUGGUGGUGAAGCUGCUGCCCCGGAACCCGCCGCUCCAGGUGGACUUCCGCGAGUGGGACGGGCUCAUCCGCAUCUGCUUCAGGCGGAAGCGCAAGACGCUGCAGGCCUCGUUCAAGACCAAAUAUGUGCACAGCAUGCUCGAGUCCAACUACAAGACAUGGUGCUCACUCAACAACCAGAUACCUCAGCCCAGACCCAUACGGGUGAGUGAGUGCCUGACGUGAGAUGCACGAGCCUGUGAUGGCGUGCGCAUGGCUGGUGCGUGCAGGAGAUGAUUCAGGAGACACUGGAGGAGGUCGGAGUGACCAACAAGCGCGCCAUCAUGCUCGACAUCGACACGUAUUUCCAGCUGCUGGCGGCAUUCAACCGCCGCGGCAUUCACUUCGUCAACGUGGCACACACACCAGGCCAGGCGCCAGGGGAACCGACAUAUGCAGGUGGGCAGCCAGAAGACGCGCUGGGGGAUGGAUGGGCGGAGAAUGAAUGCUCAUGAAUGGUCCUGUGUGCGCGUUGGUGCUCUCUCUGCGUGUGUGGGGGCUUGCAGGCAUCGACGAGUAUUUCUUCUACGACGAUGGCGACAUGGAUGAGGGGACGGGCAAGGGCGGGAAAGGCAAGAAGAGGAAGGGCAAGGGCAAGAAGAGGGAGCAGCAGGCGACCCCCAUGGACAUCGAUGAAGACGACGACGAUGAAGAUGAGGACAGCGAUGAGGAUGAGUGACGCGCGGAGCCAAC